AUGGUGGCUCAUUCCUUGAGCUUCGGUGCCUUCGUUGGAGCCUGGCAAUUCUAUGCCGUGCAAUUCUGGCUUCGAAUUCAACAGAAAGCCCCGAUCACGAUAGAAAUAGACCUCUUACAAAUUGCCAUACUCGGGAUACUUGCAACAUGGGUUGUAAGCAAGACAUUUCAUGUGGUCCCGGGGAAUUUCCUCUACCUCGCCGCCAUGUUUGCUUUUGCCAUGGGGCCUGCCUUUUUCCUGCCACAGACCGUCGAUAGCCUGUAUUGGGCUCUCUCAUUACCCGGGGUGGCUUUAGGGACGUUUGGCUCCGAUCUGUCGUUCGCCGCUGUAUCCAUCUAUAUCACGAGCAGCGUGCCCCGAUCUUAUCAGGGCAGUGCGGGCAGUCUCCUGGUCCCUGUGCAGAAUCUCAGUUCCGCGGUGAUGACCUCUGUCGCGGACACGAUCGGAACCAAGGUGGACCAGGGGCCGUCGAGAGAUAUUGGGCUGACGGGGCUGCGGGCCAUUGGGUGGCUUUGGUCUCGCGGCGGAGAUGGUUGCGGGGCUCGUCACCGUCAUCUGGAUGCGGAUCCCAAAGAGGAGGAAAAGGAACAAGUCACGUGGUAUGUACAUGUACUAUCUGUGCUGUACUUAGUUGGGUAG